CUCACCCGCGCGGCUGCGGGUUCCGCCCGGCGGGGAGAGCGGAGGACCCGGGCGGACUGGGAGGAGAGCCGGAGCGGAUCGGGAGCGGAGCGGUACCGGGGCCGGCCCGCCAUGGCGCGGGACCCGGCCUUCGUGCUGCGUUACCUGGCCGAGGUGGAGGAGCUGGCCGAGGACGUGCUGGCGGCGCGGCAGCAGAUCGUGGACCUGGACAUGAAGCGGAACCGGAACCGCGAGGCCCUGCGGGCGCUGCAGAAGGACCCGGAGCCCGAGGCCCAGGCCAUGGUUUGCUUCGGGGACAUGUUCAUCGAGCUCCCGAAAGCCAAGACCAAGGAGAUGCUGCAGAAGGACCAGGAGCAGCUGGAUGAAGAGAUAAACAACCUCCGGAAAGAGCUGCGCGUGAAGGUCAAUCGCCUCUACGAAGCUCAAGGUAAACCUGAGUUGAAGGGAUUUAACCUGAACCCCAUGACUGCUGAGGAAAUGAAGUUAAUCAAUCGCAUCCUGGAGUGCUGAGGCGGCCAUGCCAUUGUCACGGUCACACGUGGAGCUCACACUGCAAUAGCUGUAGCUCUUGGGGUGUGCAGGACGUCAAUGUGCCAGCAGCUGCCUGGGCCAGGGACCUGGCAGGUGCUGGGAAGCAUUUGGCUCCUCAGCUACGACAUUGCAGCUUCCUGGGAUCGCAAACCCUUUCCUGCUCCUCGUUGCAGAGCCAUGGCUGGGACAUUGCGCUGGGCGAAUACCCGUGGCUGGGGUGGAGGUGGGAUUAUUGUUAAAUAAUAAAAUCCGAACAGCGAGGCAUUCUUA